AGAGUCAACAAAAUCAAAAGAAAAUUUAAGAACAAAACUCAGGCUAGAUUCUUCAUAUACAUAUGAUGAAUCGAGAUGAGCAUAUUACAACUAAAGGUGAAGGAUCAAUGUCUAGCUUCUCCGGGACGACCAGUACUUCCUCAAAACAAAUCUUCGUUAAUCCCGUGACCGCGGCAGGGACAAAAUCAUUGGAAGAAGACGACGUUUCACUCUCCCUUCUAUAUAACCUGUCUACCUUACAAGACAAAGUCCAUCAGAUCCAAUCUCUGGCCAGCUUCUACAUGAUAUCUACUAAUAACAUUAAUCAAUCCGCGGGGUCAACGUCUUUGGCCGUGGCUAACAUCGGAAGUUUGGUUCAAGAGAUCAUUACGGCUGCUUCAUCCAUGUUGUACACAUGCCAACAACUCCACAUCGGAUCUAACAACAGCAACGAUAUCGAUAACGAUCACACCGUAGAUGCAAUGGUUUUGGAAUUUUCCCGACAAGAAACCGACCCGGGUCAUGAUUUUGUGCAAGAGUCGACCAACCUUUUUGGUGUCCAAGAAAGAGGGCAGAUCUCGUUUCCUAACCAGAAUCAUGACUGGUAUGACACAGAAACCCUAAAUCCUAAAAAAGAAAAACAUCGUUCUAAACCAAAACCCGGGAAUUACGAGAUAUUGGAGCUAGACGUAGCGGACCUACUAGCGAAAUACACACAUUACUGCCAGAUUUGUGGGAAAGGGUUUAAGAGAGACGCGAAUCUAAGGAUGCACAUGAGAGCGCACGGGGAUGAGUACAAGACACGUGAGGCCUUGAUCAGCCCAACGAGCCAAGAAAAGAAAGGAGAAUACACGUUGAAGAAACAUUACUACUCGUGCCCUCAACAAGGGUGUAGAUGGAACCAGAGGCACGAGAAGUUUCAACCGUUGAAAUCUGUGAUUUGCGCCAAGAAUCAUUACAAGAGGAGUCAUUGUCCUAAAAUGUAUAUGUGCAGGAGAUGUAGUGUGAAGCAUUUCUCGGUUCUGUCUGAUCUUAGGACACACGAGAAGCAUUGUGGGGAUAUAAAGUGGGUUUGCUCUUGUGGGACUAAAUUUUCUAGGAAAGACAAGCUUAUGAGCCACGUUUCUUUGUUCUUGGGCCACGUACCGGCACAUGGGUCGUCCCAGCCGCCAACAACAAUCACACUAAAGUAAGAUUAUAGGAAUUCGAGUUCGAAAGAGAUUUCAUGGACGUAUCUCAAAGAAAUGACUUGUGCAUUC